AUGCCGCGCGGCGCCACCUGGGCGCUGCUCUUGGCCGCGGCCCUGGGGCUCGGGGCGCGCGGCGUGCGCGGCGCGGUGGCCCUCGCCGACUUCUACCCGUUCGGCGCGGAGCGCGGCGACGCCGUCACCCCCAAGCAGGACGACGGCGGCUCCGGGCUGCGGCCGCUCUCCGUGCUCUUCCCGUUCUUCGGCGCCGAGCACUCCGGCCUCUACGUAAACAACAACGGGAUCAUCUCCUUCCUGAAGGAGGUUUCUCAGUUCACCCCAGUGGCCUUCCCCAUCGCCAAGGACCGCUGCGUGGUGGCGGCCUUCUGGGCGGACGUGGACAACCGGCGUGCGGGCGACGUGUACUACCGGGAGGCCACCGACGCAGCCACGCUGCGCAGGGCCACACAGGAUGUCAGGCGCUACUUCCCCGAGCUCCCAGGCUUCUCCGCCACCUGGGUGUUCAUAGCCACCUGGUACCGCGUGACCUUCUUCGGAGGCGGCUCCUCUUCCCCCGUCAACACGUUCCAGACCGUGCUCAUCACCGAUGGCAAGCUCUCCUUCACCAUCUUCAACUACGAGUCUAUCACGUGGACCACGGGAACGCACGCCAGCAGCGGGGGCGACGCCGCUGGUCUGGGGGGCAUCGCGGCCCAGGCCGGCUUCAAUGCGGGCGACGGGCAGCGCUACUUCAGCAUCCCCGGCUCACGCACGGCGGACGUGGCGGAGGUGGAGAGCACCACCAACGUAGGCGUGCCCGGGCGCUGGGCGUUCCGAAUCGAUGAUGCCCAGGUGCGCGUGGGGGGCUGCGGCCAUACAACCUCCGUGUGCCUGGCCCUGCGCCCCUGCCUCAACGGCGGCAAGUGCAUCGACGACUGCGUCACGGGCAACCCCUCCUACACCUGCUCCUGCCUCUCGGGCUUCACGGGGAGGAGGUGCCACCUGGAUGUGAACGAGUGUGCUUCCCACCCGUGUCAGAACGGCGGGACCUGCACGCACGGCGUCAACAGCUUCAUCUGCCAGUGCCCGGCCGGCUUCGGGGGCCCCACCUGUGAGACAGCACAGUCUCCAUGCGAUGCCAAAGAGUGUGAGAACGGCGGCCGGUGCCAGGCGGAGGGCGGCUCCGCGGUGUGCGCGUGCGCGGCCGGCUACACGGGUGCAGCCUGCGAGACGGAUGUGGACGAGUGCGGCUCUGACCCCUGCCUGAACGGAGGGUCGUGUGUCGACCUGGUGGGGAAUUUCACCUGCCUUUGUUCAGAGCCCUUCGAGGGACCUCGCUGCGAGACAGGAAGCCGCCCGGUGCCCGACGCCUGCCUCUCGGCCCCCUGCCAGAACGGGGGCACCUGUGUGGAUGCGGACCAGGGCUACGUGUGCGAAUGCCCCGAGGGCUUCAUGGGCCUUGACUGCAGGGAGAGAACCCCCAACAACUGCGAGUGCCGCAAUGGUGGCAGGUGCCUGGGGGCUAACACCACCCUCUGCCAGUGCCCUCCGGGCUUCUUUGGGCUCCUCUGCGAAUUUGAAGUCACGGCCAUGCCCUGCAACGUGAACACGCAGUGCCCCGACGGCGGCUCCUGCAUGGAGUACGGCGGGAGCUACCUGUGCGUCUGCCACACCGACCACAACGUCAGUCACUCGCUGCCGUCCCCCUGCGACUCGGACCCCUGCUUCAACGGAGGCUCCUGUGACGCCCACGACGACUCCUACACGUGCGAGUGCCCACGGGGCUUCCACGGCCGGCACUGCGAGAAAGCCCGGCCGCGCCUGUGCAGCUCGGGGCCCUGCAGGAACGGCGGCACAUGCAAGGAAGCGGGCGGCGAGUACCGCUGCGACUGCCCCUACCGCUUCACCGGGAGGCACUGCGAGAUCGGGAAGCCAGACUCAUGCGCCUCGGGCCCCUGUCACAACGGCGGCACCUGCUUCCACUACAUCGGCAAAUACAAGUGUGACUGUCCCCCAGGCUUCUCGGGACGGCACUGCGAGAUAGCCCCCUCCCCCUGCUUCCGGAGCCCGUGCAUGAAUGGGGGUGCCUGCGAGGCCCUGGGGACAGACUUCUCCUGCCACUGUCAAGCAGGGUACACAGGACGCCGGUGCCAGGCAGAGGUGGACUGCGGCCCGCCCAAGGGGGUGACGCCCGCCACCCUGCACUUCAGCGGCACCCGUCUGGGCUCGGUGGCCCUGUCCUCGUGUGACCGAGGCUACAGCCCGAGCACCUCCAACCGCACCGGCGUCUGCCGGCCACAGGGCGUCUGGAGCGAGCCUCCCCAGUGCCACGACAUUGACGAGUGCCUAUCCCAGCCGUGCCUGCAUGGGGGCUCCUGCCAGGACCGCGUCGCUGGGUACCUGUGUGUCUGCGGCCCAGGGCACGAAGGAGCCCGCUGCGAGCUGGAGACAGACGAGUGCCUGACGCAGCCCUGCAGAAACGGAGGCUCCUGCAGGGACCUCCCGGGGGCCUUUGUCUGCCAGUGCUCCCCAGGCUUCGUGGGAGUCCGCUGCGAGACAGAGGUGGACGCCUGCGACUCCAGGCCCUGCCAGCACGGAGGCCGGUGCGAGAACGGGGGCGGGGCCUACCUGUGUGUCUGCCCAGAGGGCUUCUUCGGCUACCACUGCGAGACAGUGAGCGACCCCUGCUUCUCCAGCCCCUGUGGGGGCCGCGGCUACUGCCUGGCCAGCAACGGGUCCCACAGCUGCACCUGUAAAGCGGGCUACACGGGCAAGGACUGUGCCAAAGAGCUCUGCCCACCAACGGCCCUCAAGGUGGAGCGAGUGGAGGAGAGCGGGGUCUCCAUCUCCUGGCGCCCACCCGAAGGCCCAGCCGCCCGGCAGAUGCUCGACGGCUACGCCGUCACCUACGCCUCCUCCGACGGCUCCUACCGCCGCACGGACUUCGUGGACCGGGGCCGCUCCUCGCACCAGCUGCGGGCCCUGGCGGCCGGCAGGGCUUACAACGUCUCCGUCUUCUCGGUCAAGCGCAACGCCAACAACAAGAACGACAUCAGCAGGCCUGCGGUGCUGCUCAUCCGCACGCGACCCCGCCCCGUCGAGGGCCUUGAGGUCACCAACGUGACUGCCAGCGCCAUCUCGGUGCGAUGGGCUCUGCACAGGAUCCGCCACGCCACCGUCAGCAGCGUCCGCGUGUCCAUCCGCCACCCCAAGGCCCAGGAGGAUGAGUCCACCGACGUGGACAAGGGUGUGGACAAGUUCACAUUCAGGGCCCUGCUUCCAGGAAGGAGAUACACCAUCUGGGUGACUGCCCUCAGCGGGCUUGGGGGGCAGGAGCAUCCCACCGAGAGCCUGGCCUCGGCACCACUGCACGUGUGGACCCGGCCUCUGCCGCCAGCCAACCUGACCGCGGCCCGAGUCACGGCCACCUCUGCCCACGUGGUCUGGGAUGCCCCCACCCCGGGCACCUCACUGGAGGCCUACGUCAUCAACGUGAGCACUAGCCAGAGCACCAAGAGCCGCUACGUCCCCAACGGGAGGCUGGCGUCCUACACAGUGCGGGACCUGACGCCCGGACGGCGGUACCAGCUGUCGGUGACGGCCGUGCAGAGCGCCGGGGGCGACCAGCUGCACAGCGAGCCCGCUCACCUGUACAUCAUCACCUCCGCGAGGGACGGCGCCGACAGACGCUGGCACCGGGAAGGACCCGCCCCGCGCGCGCUCAGAACCCGACCGGCCCCCGCGCGCCUGCCGGAGCUGCGCCUGCUCGACGACCCCGGCGCCCCCGCACCGCCGACCCAGGCCCCCAGGUUCUCGCAGCUCGUGGACGGCAGAGGACGAGUGAGCGCCAGCUUCCGCAGCUCGCCUGGCAGACGGGUCACUGUGAGAUCACAACCCACGGCUCUGGUGCAGCUGGAGAACGCGGAGGAGGUCCCCGAGCAGGUCAGCCUGGCCCUCCAGCUCCCCGGACGCAGUGGUGACAAGGGUGUGGAAAGUGCCCCUGGGAACUGUUCAGAAAACCCCUGUCAGAACGGAGGCACCUGUGUACCUGGUGAGGACGCGCACAGCUGUGACUGCAGCCCGGGCUUCAAAGGCAGACACUGUGAGCUUGCCUGUAGAAAGGUGCCCCAGCCCUGCACACGGCUGUUCUCGGAGACAAAGUCCUUUCCGGUCUGGGAAGGAGGCGUCUGUCACCACGUGUAUAAAAGAGUCUACAAAGUGCAUCCAGACACCUGUUUCAAAGAGAGCUGUGAGAGUACGCGCGCCAGGACCCCAGACAGGAAACAAAGUAACAGUCCUACACUGAAGAAAUCUUAAGGAUCAGGAUGCUCUUGUUACGCUCCAUCAACCUCACGAGUUUCUAAAGCCCAGGAAGACGAG